AGCCACGCAGGCGGCGGGUCCAUGGGGCUGGGGGCUCCCCUCCUCCUGCCCCUGCUCCACCCCCUCUUCCUGGGGGCAGCGGGGGCCAUGCUGACGCUGUACACGGCGCCGGAGACCCGGGCAGCGCUGGGCUCGGUGGCGCUCCUCAAGUGCCGCUUCAACGUGGGCAGGCCCAUAGACCCAGCAGUGCUGCGGGUGCGCUGGCUCUCCGCCGCUGCGGGCCCCGUGGCACAGUAUGACCGGGGCCAGGGGACCUUUGAGCCACGGCUGCGCCUGUCCGAGCAGGAGCUGCAGAUCGGGAACGCCUCCCUGGAGGUGCAGGAUGUGGCGGUGCAGGACAACGGGACCUACACCUGCGAGGUGGCGUACGGCACAGAGACGCAGCUGGGCAAGACGACCCUCUGGGUGCUCGCAGCCCCGAGGAUCUCCCUGGACCAGCGCGUGGGUGGCGCAGAGACGUCCCUCCUGUGCCACGUGGGUGGCUUCUUCCCCGAGGACAUGGAGGCCACGUUGCUGAGAGAUGAGCAGGUCCUGAAUGGCUCCACCCGCUCCAGCCCCCAGAGGAACCAGGACGGGACCUUCAACCUCACCCUGACCUACACCUUCACCCCAGUCCGGAGCGACGCUGGCGCCGUCUUCACCUGCCGCGUCCGACACCCGGUGCUGGGGCAGCCCCUGGUCGAGGAGUUCGCCCUGGAUGUCCCAGGCUCGGACCGCACCGGAGCUGCGAUUGGGGCCGUUGUGGCCAUCGUGCUCGCACUAGGAGCUGCGGGCGCGGCCAGUUACUGCUGGCGGCAGAGGAGAGGCAGGAAAGCCGCUUGCUCCGUGUCCAAGGUGGAGGGGCCGGAGCGGUGCCGGCUGGGCCAGGAGGUGACUCUGCGCUGCUCCGUGGAGGGGAAGAUCCGUGCAGACACGGCGGUGACGUGGGAGCGGACGCAGGGCGAGGACAGGGCGCUGAUCCAGAAGGACGGGCCCAGGGCGGCCCCUGAGCACCAGCUGCUCUUCCCGUCCCCGCCCCCGGGCUGGACGUCCACCCAGGAGAGGUCCGAGACCGGCCUCACGGCCCUCCUGACCUUCACCCCCACGGUGCAGGAUCACGGGGCGCGCGUGCGGUGUCUCCUCCAGCCCGAGGCCCGAGACAGCGGCGAGGAGCCCGAGUGCUGGGAGAUCCGGGUGUGGGCCCCGCCGGAGCUGUCCAGGAUCCAGGUGUUGGCACGCUGGGACCCCCCGGACCAGGUGCCGUUCGCUGUCCACCUGCACGGCUUCUACCCCAACGGGAUCCACCGUGUCGAGUGGAGCAUGGACGGGAAAGCCUGGGAGCGGUCGGAGCCGAGCUACUACGCAGAGAACGAAGAUGGCACGUUCAGCGCCAGGAGCGUGUGGAGGGUGGCCAGCCGGUGCCUGGCCCGCCCCGAGCAGCGCGUGCGAGUGCGCGUGCAGCACGGCCCUGCGGACCCCCCCAUUGCGGGAGAGCUCAGCAUCGGGGACACCGGUGUCCUGCGGCCCCCGGAGGUGUCGGUGAUCUCCUGGCCCCAGUCAGUGAUGGCGGGGAGGGAAGUGACCCUGAGCUGCCGCGUGGCAGGGCAUUUCCCCGCGGAGCUGGGGGUGACCUGGCUGCGCAAGGGCAGAGGAGCGGCUCGUGCUGCGCCCCUGCAGGACUCGGCCGAGCACCGGCUCCUCCCUGGCCGGCCCGCUCCAGCCGCGGACGGGAAGAGCUUCGUGCAGGAGGCCGGACUCGUCUUCACCCCCUCGGUGCGCAGGGACCACGGGGCCGAGUACACCUGCCGCGUGGAGCAUGUGGCCCUGGCGCAGCCUGUAGCAAAGCACAGCGCGGAGCUGCAGGUGCGAGCCCUGCCGGACGUGUCCAGGAUCCAGGUGCUGCCGCGCUGGGACUCCCCGGACCAGGUGCCGUUUGCCGUCCGCCUGCACGGCUUCUACCCCCGCGGGAUCCACCGCAUCGCGUGGAGCUGGGACGGGGAAGCCUGGCAGCGAUCAGAGCCGAGCGACUACAAGGAGAACGAAGAAGGCACGUUCAGCGCCAGGAGCGUGUGGAGGGUGCCCAGCCGGCGCCUGGCCCGCCCCGAGCAGCGCGUGCAAGUGUGCGUGCAGCACGGCCCCGCCGACCCCCCGGUCACGGGAGAGCUCAGCAUCGGGGACGCCGGUGUCCUGCGGCCCCCGGAGGUGUCGGUGAUCUCCUGGCCCCAGUCAGUGAUGGCGGGGAGGGAAGUGGCCCUGAGCUGCCGCAUGGCAGGGCAUUUCCCCGCGGAGCUGGGGGUGACCUGGCUGCGCAAGGGCAGAGGAGCGGCUCGUGCUGCGCCCCUGCAAGACUCGGCCGAGCACCGGCUCCUCCCUGGCUGGCCCGCUCCAGCCGUGGACGGGAAGAGCUUCGUGCAGGAGGCCGGACUCGUCUUCACCCCCUCGGUGCGCAGGGACCACGGGGCCGAGUACAUCUGUCGCGUGGAGCACGUGGCCCUGGCGCAGCCUGUAGCAAAGCACAGCGCGGAGCUGCAGGUGCGAGCCCUGCCGGACGUGUCCGGGAUCCAGGUGUUGCCGCGCUGGGACCCCCCGGACCAGGUGCCGUUUGCCGUCCGCCUGCACGGCUUCUACCCCCGCGGGAUCCACCGCAUCGCGUGGAGCUGGGACGGGGAAGCCUGGCAGCGAUCAGAGCUGAGCGACUACGUGGAGAACGAAGACGGCACGUUCAGCGCCAGGAGCGUGUGGAGGGUGCCCAGCUGGCGCCUGGCCCGCCCCGAGCAGCGCGUGCAAGUGCGCGUGCAGCAUGGCCCCGCCGACCCCCCGGUCACAGGAGAGCUCAGCAUCGGGGACGCCGGUCUCCUGCGGCCCCCGGAGGUGUCGGCGAUCUCCAGGCCCCAGUCAGUGAUGGCGGGGAGGGCCGUGACCCUGAGCUGCCACAUCACAGGCCGUUUCCCUGAGUUACUGGGGGUGACCUGGCUGCGCAGGGACAGAGGAGCGGCUCGUGCUGCGCCCCUGCGAGACUCGGCCGAGCACCAGCUCCUCCCUGGCCAGCCCGCUCCAGCCACGGACGGGAAGAGCUUCGUGCAGGAGGCCGGACUCGUCUUCACCCCCUCGGUGCACAGGGACCACGGGGCCGAGUACACCUGCCGCGUGGAGCACGUGGCCCUGCGGACCCCCGUCGAACAACGCAGCGGGGAGCUGCAGGUGACAGGGGGAGCAGCACAGGACCAGCGUGGUGGGGACGACGGGGACGUGUCAGUACCGACUAGCAGUGCCGGGCCCAUGGGCACCAAUGAGCAAGACGGCGAAGCCAGCACCACGGGUGACGCUGUCUCCUGGACAGGGGUAUAACCCAGACCCCUGGCCCGGGGAAGCACGGAGGGCGAGUGCGGCGAGGCCGGGGGGACACGGUGCAGCAGGGACACCGACGCGAGGCAGCGCAGCGCAGAAGUGAGCAGUGACGCGGGAGCUGGAGGAGCUGGCGGCACGGCGACCCGGGGCCCCGGCCAGGCCGGUGCACGCAACGGGAGCUGCGAGCAAGGCGGAUUGAAUUAAAUCCAGGCCUUUUAUAUCACUGAUUUACAUCCAGUUUCCCACUUAUCCUUCUUCACAUAUUUCUUAAACAACAGCACAAACCCAAUCAGGAAGCAUGUUAAUUUACCACUCAAUACAGCAUUUUACAGCAUCUGUCCUUAAGCUCUUUUUUUGGGGUUUUCCAAUGUUAUUAACUGGAACAGACAGGUCGUCACAUCACUAAAGGCACGCCGUCCUUAAAGCCUCUGCAGCUAGAUCUCAUCUUCCCCGGUCCCGCUGUCAUUUUUCUUCAUAGCCUGAAACCGAAACACGAGUUCUCGUGCUUUCCGCCUCCCCGGCGAUUUCUUAGCUGUGAGCGAGUGAUGCCGAACGAUGAAAACAUUCUCCCUGCGCCGGGCGAGGACGCUGCUGCUGUGAAAAGCUGGCGCCCCCCCGAAGGAGCUCUGCUUCCAGGUGCCUGGCGAGUCAUUGCCACGAUGCCGGGAAGCGAGGCUGUUCGAAAGAUCAGCAGUAACGGGCGCUGUUUAAAUGGGUCCCCUCCGGCCCUGGCGUUUCUUGGGACUGGCAGAGCUGGGGCGUGGUUUCGGGAUGCCCACGCCAUGGCGGCAGCAGCGGCAUCUGCAGAAGUUGGGCAUCUCCCUUUAUGUCUGGGGUUGAGAGAGGAGAUGGAGUUAGCGCUCGACCCAUUCCCUCCUUCACUGCCUGCAGGCUACCUUGCUGGUUGGGCAUUGCUUUCUGCGCUGUGUCUUGAAGGCCUUCCACGUCUGGACGGCGUCGGCAAUGCAGCAGCCAUCUCUGACGUCUGGUCAAGGCUAUGGGGACAGGUUUCAGUGUGCGGAGCGUAUCCUCUGCACCGCUCUCCAAGCCAGUGUUAGAUACUUUGGAUGAGAUGCUGCCAUCUAUUGUAUCACGGUUUUCUUCACAAAUUUUGCUGACAACCGGCCGGUUCUUAAUAAAUUGCUCAAAACCGUCAACCGCAGCAUGCCAGCCAACAGCGUGCGGGAGACUCAGUUUGCAUGCUCCUGCUCUCUUCAGUGCAGCCAAAGCCAAAGGGUUGCUACGGAAGCAUUUUGCGACUUCAAGAGCAUUUUCUUUUAUUGCUGGAGAAGUGGGUCAGUCUCUGGUGCGCGAUGCUUUCAGUGGGCGCGGCAGUUCGUUGCGGCUCUCACUGCCCCUUCUUUGAAAUAUUCUGCGGUGCGGGCAUUUCCCGCUGCAGCUCUGGUUUCUGAACGAUAGGCAACCCCACCUUGUGUCCUCACACAGGCACGUAUUACUGCAUGGGUGUGUACCUCGCUCCACCCAGCAAGGCUUAAACUGGCAAACUUCCCCUCGGGAUGUCUUGCACCGCCGGAUCUAGCCACCGUCCCCCCACGUCUGCGCUGCCAGGUGGCGUGCCGCCUGGGCGUAAGCACUCACCCAUCUCAGUGAGGUGCGUAUUGUGAGCAAUGCGAAAAGGAGAAAUUGUGGCAUCAGUGAACGGAGCAAGCUUUUCCUCUGUGGGGUCUGGUUGGUAUUUGCUGGGCCUUACUACAGACCCGUCCACCCGUCCAUGCCUUGCUUUCAGAAGCGCGUUUAGCUGCAGCGCUGCUGCUAAACGUGUCGACGGGCGAGUCUGACGUUGCAGACGGACGGUCGAAGGGUCUUUUGCUAGAAGUGAGAUCCGGAAACACAAAUGAUCUUUGGAUAGUCAUUCUUCUCCGUUCUCCUCUCUCUACUACUCAGUUAACCAUUUACAGGUGUUAAGCAAGGACGCGCAUCUGCUCCCAAAUGGCCACGCAAGCGGAGGCUGCCCGCGCUUGGAGUGCGCUUGACUUUGGAGCCAGCCCCAGGGGGCUCGCGGGCACUGCCCAGGAAGCACUUUCCAUUCGGACGCUUCAUCCUUGCAGCUAGGCCCUGCGUGUCCGUCUUGCACCUCUUCUACUUGACGCGUCUUCCCUUUUGCCGCAGGGAAGGAAUUUUUUCAUAGUGUUCCCAGAUGGGUCUGUCUUACACCCAGAAGCCGGGACGGUUUUGUGUGGCUGAAGUGUGCAGGGUGAAAAGCCGAAGUGAAUGUAUGAUUGCACAGCCCAGGGAACUCGGGUAUUUCCCCCGCUCGCCAGUGGAAGGGGGUGUUGGCCGGCAGCCGGCUGCGGGGGCUGCAGACCGCUCCGUCUCCCUCCGUCCCUGCACGGCCAGGCCAGGCUCCACUGCAGACCCCCCAUUUACACUGACUUGUCACACGGAAAAGGAGCCAGAUACGAACAGAUGUGCAGUGUAUAUAUAUAUAAUAUCUAACCCAGUAACAUAAACAAUAUCCUCUGGGUAAAGGCCACAAAACCUUGCACCCGUGCUCCAGAUACAGGUAAGUCUCAGGUAAGUAUCUGCUCUGACCCAGAUCCACCCCAAAAUAACCAUAGAUAGCCAACAGAUGAGCUCCAGAGAAGCAGGGGGAGCGAUAAAUAAAAGCGCCCCACGUAAAUACAGGUACGCAGCAGGUGAAUCGUAGCACCCCACGCGGUCCCAGCAGAGCCCUGGCUCUCCACGCAUCCACGCACUUCCAAGAGGAGCGCUCGCAGCGCACGGCACCACGCCGCUCCGCUUCGGGCGCAAGCCCCCAGAGAUAAACUCCGUCCCCAGGGGAGACCCCAGUGCCCCUGGGCCUGUCCCCACGCCCCCCAAGGAAGCGGGUAACAUCAGGGGACCUCCCCUUUCAGCAGCCCUUCACUACCCAGGGGCCUCCCCUCCCCGGCGGGAAUCCUCUUUCCUGCAACGCGGGGCUGCCAGGCCUGGGGGCGGCCCCCAUGCUCUCGGCGGGCUGCUCUCUCGCCCACGGCAGGCUUCGGGGGGUCGCUGUGCCCUGGGACAGGGCUCUGCUCUGCAGGGCUCCUGGGGCCUCUGGCUCGGCCCUGUCGGCUGGCUCAGCAGCCCGAGUGCCGUCUGGCUCCCCGGACUCAGCCUUUUGCUGUGGGUCGGACACCCAGGCCAUCUCGUGCAGCGCCAGGCUCGGUCUGCUCCUGGACCUCCAUGCAGCGCCUCCCGCACCGAGCUCCCGGCCUCGUGCCAGGGGCUGGGGACCUGAGCCGCCCCAGCCCUCCAAAGGCCCUGCUCCCUGCACCGGCCUGCACGCCACAUCUCUGGCCGCACACCAGAGGUUGCAGCCCCAAGCCGCCUAUGCAGCUCCCAGGGUCCGGACGCCACACGCCGUGCUGCGUGCCGAGGGCCUGGCCGCUGGAGCCAUCCCCGCUCCUUGCCGAGGGACGUCUUCAGGGCGCUUCCAGGCUACUGCCUCGCCCUGCCUGGCAGCUCUCCUCCACUGCAGGAAGGCCCGCUCUUCCCUCUUCUCCCCCCGGAUGCGUCCCCUUGUGCUGGGCGUGCGCGCCACGGCUCCGCCACAAAGUCCUCCGGACCUGAGCGUUGCAGCCUCUGACCAGGUCUGGGGCAGCCCUGUUCUCCCCAGCACCGCCCCGGGUGACAAGGAACAAUGGUCAUAAGCUGAUGGACAACAGGUUUAGGAUGGAGAUCAGAGGCAAUAUUUUACAGCUAGGGUGGCCAAAAUCUGGAACCAGCUUCCCAGGGAAGUGGUCCUCACUGCUGCCUUGGGCAAAGUCCAGAGGAGGUCGGACGAUCACCUGUCUGGGGUGUGGUGAACCCAGCAUUCAUUCCUGUCUGUGGCAGGGGUCAGGCGAGAUGAUCUGUUCGGGUCCCUCCUGCCCCGAGCUACUAUGAAAUGAAACACCGUGCGGUGCUGGACAGAGGUGCGCCCGCCUGCCAGAGCUGCUCCCCGCGGGCUCGUUGUGCCCCGACGCCUGGCCUGCCGCACGGGACGUGCUCCCCCCGGUCCCAGGCAUGGGUACAACUGGGCUCAGGACACCCGGCUGCCACCUCGUCCCUUAGCUGCGAGGCUCUGGGUGCGGGCCUUCAGGAAGGCAAGGCCCAUCACCCCCCUCGGGGUGGGGCUGGCGAGACCCCAGGGGCUGGUGGGAGCUGGUCCUGCCCGGUGCUUGGGGUGGAGGUCCAGGCAGGCGAGCCCCGUGGACCCCAAGACCCGUCCCCUCCCUGGCGUCUGCCUGCCGGGCGCGGGGAUGUGGCUGAGGGAAGGGAGGCGCAGGAGCGUUGGGGCAGGGGCAGCCACGACAGCCCUGCCACCUGCUCCAGGGCAGGUAGGAGCAGUGUGGUGAGCACGUGUGUUAUUGCCCUGAAAUAGAAUAGUUUUCUGAUAGCAUACUGUUAGGUUAACAAUAAUUUGGAUUAUUAAGAAGUAUUAGCUUUGCAGCUGAAUACAAGGCAUGACCUGUGGCCUAGCAAUGCCGCUGACCACAAGGCAGAAUGAUAGCUAGGCCUUUGCUUGUGUUAAGUAAUCAUUUUAACUGUAUUAAGCAUUUUCUGAGUAAAAUGCAGCAAGUGGAUCGGUGUCUGUGUGCUGGAAAAUCAGCUACAACAAGGAACAAGAUGAGACAAAGAAGCCAUUGUUCUAAGUACAGUGAUCGUGUCCUUAAGAAGUAUCUACCACUGCAAGGUCUUGCUGUAUCAUAAUGUUACUCUUACUUAACUUUUAGCUUUUAAAAAGUGCUAGUUCAGCUUAAUAGAAAUAUGCUGUUGUAAAGAUCUGUGAAGCACCACCCAAGCAUUGCUUUUGUUAACCCUGUAGUCUUGUCUUGUUGUAAGAAGUAUAAAAGAUCGCCCCACCCUUUAGGGGGGCCAUUUUGCCUUUUGCUGGCUUUAUGGUCUUUGCUCGAGCAAAUAAAUGGCUGUCUUUCUUUA